CUGUCUCUCUCUCUCUCUACUUUCUUCUCUGUUUUCUGCUCUGGUGCCAUGAGGUUCGUACUCACUCUGUUUUCCUGAGAUGAUGCUGAGUAAAGAUAACAUUUUUAUCAGUCUACUUUGUUUAUUCUCUUGUUAUCGUAAAGAUUGAUUUGAAAAUGGCUAGUGAUGGCUCAUGGCUCUAAUCGUGUUAAAUUGAGGGUUGUUAUUAAGUUAUUUCUGGUUCAAAAUUGAAUAUGUAUUAGGGAAAUGGCAAAGAGGGUGCGAAUUUAAGAUUAGAGGAGAGACCAAAUUGAUAAUAUUGAUUGAAAAGGGAAGAAUAAAGUAUGAGGAAAGUUCCCUCAAAAGAGAGGGAAUCUAAGACUCCGAGGCAGAAAAGGAGGCUAAGGAUAUCGAAAAACAAGUAUCUAAGGCCAGGUGCUCUUGCUCAGCUUCGGAACAAUAAGGCGGCGACCACCAAGUCUUGCAAGGACCUUGGGAAGAAAAGGGUUGCUGUGUUGGAUGACCAGCAGACAGGCAAUGAUGUUGUUUUAAACAAGGGUGUUCACCAGAGCCCUUCGGUGUUAUCACCGGAAAAAUUUGGGUUUGGUCCUGUUGUUGGGCCUCUUGAUAUUAUUAAACAGAAUAAUUUGAUGAGGACACCGAAAACUCCUCGUGCUGAGGACUACAGAUUCGAGUCGAGGCUUGAGUCUCUCCCAAUGGAUCUAUUGGUCAAAAUACUCUGCCAUCUGCACCAUGACCAACUCAGAGCAGUAUUCCAUGUCUCUCAGAGAAUUAGAAAGGCUGUUUUGCUUGCUAGGCAGUUCCACUUCAAUUACACUACCCCAGAUCGAAGUCGACAAGAGAUGUUAAGAACAAUGACACCACUCCCAACAGAACAUUGGCCUUUUGCGAGCAAGGGAGAUGGAAAGGGCAUGUGGGUUCCAAGCCCACACACUCCUAAAGCACCAAGGCAUGGUCCCCGGCCACCUUCUCGUAUGAAGUUCACUGAAAUGCGGCAGAUUUCUGCUGUUCUGUUCCAGGAGUCAGCAUUCCCUUCUAGAUGCAUGGUGCCAUCCGUUUUAGCAAAGCCCUCGUGCAAAUCCUUGGCUUCCAAUCGAGUUCUAUUCUACGAAGAUGAGUUAUGUCAGGCUGUUGCUCAAAACAAGCUUCGUUGAGUUAGAGGCUGUGUCUUCCUCGUCCCCUCUUGUUCCCAUAUGUGUAUAGUCUGUUUUCUAUUUCCCUCUAGCGGCAGUAGUAGUCAACAGUAUUAGACAGAAUGCAAUUUUGUAGCUUUGGCUGGGGUGAUUAGGUGUUGUGGGACUUUAGAUUUGCUUUAGGAAUUGAAAGGUUGGGUGAUUGUUAUUAUAUAAUAAUAUGUUCAAACUGGUUUCUUGUAUAGUUACCUUAUAUUUUGUUUUCAAGAAUGGUAGUAAUGUUUUUUUCGAAAAAAUUGUGCAG